UGAAAGCGAACAGCAGACGAGGUCCAGCCCUCACUCUCUCAUCCCGACCCCGUUCCCCAAGCACUCCCCAUGCCAAGCACAGGCUACUUAAGUCCGUGGAGUUUGGAACGCGAAAAUUAAUGCAACUUCUCAUUCAAUGUGUCGUGUAUAUCACAAAACUACCAAUCAGCAAGUCCCUGGUUGAUGAAUUCAAUUGAGGCUUUUGAGAUGACAAGUCAACUUGGAUAUUUUGUAGAAGGCAAGUAGCUUUCUUGCUUAGUGUUUUUCUGGGUUCAGAUGUAACCUUUUGAGGGAGUGAUUCCGUCAUAUAUGAGUUUAAUGGAGUCUUGGAGCUUUGUUUCUGGGGGUACGGGGUUUGCAUCUGAGGAAUCUGUAUCUGCUGAUGGUAUUCCAAGAGAUAAAAAUGAGUUGAUAGGUUGGGAAUUGAAAAACCCAAGUUGCUUUGGAAGUAAUAUGGUAAUCUCAAGUCAAGAGCCUAUUAAGAAUCAGGGAUUUGUUGAAUUGGGUUUUCCAGAGAUGAUGAAAAAAUCUUUGCCCAAUGGCUCAAUCUUUGGGGGAAGAAUGCUGACUUCAGUUACAGCUAUGACAAAUGCAUUUUCUGGGGAAGAAGAUUCAAGUUCUAAGCUAUCAAGCUCAGUUGUGGAGUCUAAUGGUGAGGACUCAUCAUUCAUCGAUUUGAAGCUAGGGAGGUUGGCUGAUCAUAGUGAGGCCCAAAAUUUCAACUCCUGUAAGGCAACCCCCAAUUUGUCUUCAGCUGAGUCAUCUAUACCAGCAAAGAGAGUGCGGUCAGGGGGUUUGAGUUCUUCAACCCACUUUUGCCAAGUUUAUGGGUGUAGGAAAGAUCUUAGCUCCUCUAAAGAUUAUCAUAAGAGGCAUAAAGUUUGUGAAGUUCACUCAAAGACUGCCAAAGUCAUUGUGAAUGGCAUUGAACAAAGGUUUUGUCAGCAAUGUAGCAGAUUUCACUUGCUGGUUGAAUUUGAUGAUGGUAAGCGCAGCUGCCGUAAACGUCUUGCAGGCCACAAUGAACGUCGAAGGAAACCCCACGGGGGUAUUCACUAUGGCAGAACUGCGAAGCUGUUUCAGCCCUAUAGUGAUUCUGCUGGGAUCAGAUUCCAGGGGACAGCAUUUACAACAUCAUCAUUCAAUAGCCGAGGUUUACUUCCCAGCAGCCUCCUGCAUCCACAGAAAUAUGAGAUGAAUGAUUGGCGCAGGCAUAUAAAAGUUGAAAAUGUGGCUGAUUAUAGUCCAUCAGCGAUUCCUGUCACAAAUGAACACAUGCAAUCAAUGUCGCUUUUCCAUUCUUCUGCUUUUGACAAACAAUGUCUCCCCUUUCAUGACAAUGGAAUUACUACUACAACAGGAAGCAAAUUUAGUGAGAACAGUGAUGGGGGCUCAAACCUUAUCUCUCGUUCUUUGGUUCAGAACGGCUCAAUAGGAAGUGAGGGGUUUUCUUUUUUCAACUCAGCAGCAACUGUUCACGGGCAAUCAGAGAUUUCAGACUCUGGUCGUGCUCUCUCUCUUCUGUCAUUUCAAACUCACAAUUCUUCGAGUCAUUCAUCAGGAAUUCCCAUGGUUCAUUCCCUGAUCAUCCCAGGUGGCCAUGCUCAUUAUAGACAAACAGCAGUCUCUGAGAAGUUCCUGGGAGUGAGCGUGCAGACGUCAGGAAUGGGAGAGACAAGUAAAAUUCAUUCAUCUGGGAUAAGUUCUGUUGAGGAGUCUCAGUUAGAUCCCAUACUCAUCUCUGAUGGUACUAAUGCUGUCAACUUUGGAAUGGAUGAGAUUUUCCAAAGGUCGGAAUACAUAAAUGGCAAGGAUCAUCUUUCUUGCAAUGAUGAGCCCACUAUUGAUUUGCUCCAACUGUCAUCGCAGCUUCAGCGAGUAGAGCAUCAAAAGCAGUUGAUGCAGAUGAAGCACAAAAAUGAUGCUUUCUCGAGCCUCAGGAUCACUUAGGUCAUCCGGAACAAGGCUAUGCUCUAUAAACAAUAGCUUUGAAAUCCACUCUCUCUAUUUCCAAAACUUUGUGGAUAAGGCAUAUUUGAUCAUGGUUCGAGGCAAUGGUAUCGGUCAUCGAUUCGAAGGGCACCGGUUACAGCAUUGUGCAACAGUAUCGGACGAUAGACACAAAAUGAUGGAUAGAAGAAGUUGUCCAUGGAGAGGGAUUCAGUAUAUAUUGCGGAAUCACAAAAUGGAAUCAUGCAAUAUGGUGCAAGUCGAUGAUGAUGACUCUUACUAUUUGGCCAAAUCACCUGAGACGUCUCUAAGUCGAUCAUGAGUUGACUAAGACUCAUGAUUUACACUGAAUGUAAAACGGUAUCGUAACGGAAAGUACUGAGUCGGAUACAACUCAUGAUUCCAGUGAGACUCACGAUUUACCGAAUCGGAUACGACCUGACCGAGUCGUAUUGCAUCUCAACCAAUUUCUUUGAACUAUGU